AUGAGAAGAGACGUCCGUAUUCUUCUUGUUGGUGAUGAGGGAGUUGGCAAAAGUACACUUAUUGCUUCAUUGAUCAAAGAGACAUUCAUCCCUAAUGUUCAACACCUUAUACCCGAAGUAACCAUACCGCCAGAGGUUACCCCGGAAAACGUUACAAUGCACAUCAUGGACUCUUCUGCUCGAACAGAGGAUCGUGAGCAAUUGGAAGCGGAAAUCCGCAAAGCACAUGUUAUCUGUAUUGUUUAUGCUAUCGAUGAUCCCAAUACAUUCAACCGUCUUUCACUGUAUUGGCUACCCUAUAUUCGAUCCUUGGGCGUGAAUGUUCCUGCUGUCUUGGUUGGUAAUAAGAUUGAUUUGCGUGGCAACGACGUGGCAAAUCAGAGUCUUGAAGAUGAAGUGAUACCCAUCAUGAACGAGUUCAAGGAGGUAGAAACUUGCGUUGAAUGCUCGGCCAAGCAACUGCUAAAUGUUUCAGAGGUCUUCUAUUUUGCUCAAAAGGCAGUUCUCCAUCCCACCGCUCCUCUGUAUGACUCAAGAGAACAUGUUUUGAAGCCACAAUGUGUCGAAGCACUCAAACGUAUUUUCAAACUGUGCGAUGCGGAUAAAGAUAACAUUCUCAACGAUGAUGAACUGAAUGAAUUUCAGAGAAAAUGCUUCAAUGCUCCACUACAGCCACAAGAACUUGAUGGCGUGAAAGAUGUAGUGAGGGAGCAUGAACCUACAGGAGUAAGCGACGUAGGUUUGACGGAAUCCGGCUUCAUCUAUUUACAUUCGUUAUUUAUUCAAAGAGGACGUCUUGAAACAACCUGGACAGUGCUUCGUAAAUUUGGAUAUGGCGAUGAUUUGUCACUGCGCGAGGAUUUCCUGCUGCCAACAUUGGAGGUGCCUUCAGAAUGCUCUGUCGAAUUGAGCCCUCACGGCUAUCAAUUUUUUGCUGAACUAUUCCAAACGUUUGACAAGGACAAGGACGGCGCAUUGAAUCGAGUUGAACUGGAUUUUCUCUUCAGCACAUCACCUGGAAACCCUUGGGCUAAUACAGGAUUCCCUCAUACAACAAUCACAACUGAGACCGGUGCAGUUACUUUACAAGGAUGGUUAGCUCAAUGGAGCAUGACAACUUUAUUAGAUCAUAGAACGACCCUCAAGUAUUUGGCGUAUCUCGGCUUUGAGGGUGAUACUCGCACAGCGCUGAAGAUUACCAAACCAAAGAAGGUGGAUCGCAAAAAGGGCAAAAUACAACGAAAUGUCUUUUCGUGCUAUGUGUUUGGUGCUCCAGGCUCAGGAAAGACUUCCUUAUUGAAAGCGUUCGUCCAUAAACCAUUCUCUGAGAAAUAUCAAGCCACUACAGAGCCUUUUCAUGUGGUCAAUUCAGUGGAGAUGAAGGGCGCUGAAAAGUAUCUAGUGAUGCAGGAAGUGGAGCCAAGUCAAGUUGCUGAAAUCUUGUCCAGCAAAAAGAGAUUGGAUCAAUGUGAUUUGUUGUGCUUUGUAUAUGAUACCAGUGAUGCCAAUUCAUUUGGAUAUGUGGCUGCAUUAAGGGAAAAGUACAAGAUUGACCAUGUACCAACAGUUAUAGUGGCUACCAAAUGCGAACUGGACCUUGUUACUCAACGUUGUGAGGUUCAGCCAGAUAUUUAUUGUAGAAAUUUAGGACUUGCGGUGCCAUUAAGUGUUUCAGUAAAAGAAAACCAGAUGGCUGAUUUGUAUCAUAUUCUUACCGGCGUGGCUAUGAAUCCAACAAUUGCUACUCCUGGAUCAAAUAAAGACAAGACGGAAAAGCCCUGGACCACAAAGAAUUACCUUACUUUAUCUUUGGUAGCAGGCGUUGUGAUAUUAACUGGUUUGGCAGGCUUUAGAUACUUCAAGAAUCACUGUGCUUUCUCUAAUCAUAGUUUGAAUGCUGCUGCUGCCACAGUUGCCUCGAAGAAAAAAGAGUUUUCAUAA